GGGUCUGGUCAAUCAGUCUAGUGUUUCUCCCCACCCCUGAAGCGUACAUCUGCUCUGCACUUGGACAGAACCAAACCUCCCUCCUCGCAAAUGUGUCUUCCCCUUUUUGUACCUUGUCUCAUCCCAUCUCUAGCCCUGCUGACAUUUCCACUUUGGCUGUCAACGGCAAGUCACCUCAACCAGAGCAAAACGAAACAAACAGCUGUAGCUAUUGUGUAGUUUGGCAAUAAUCAAUAUCUGUAAUCCUUCCAGAGUACCAUGUGGGACUAUAGAGGCUUGGCUCUAAAGAGUCUCCUCUGAAGAUCGGCCUCUAACCCUCCUGGACUGAACUCCGCCAAACUAGAAGCAGCUCUGGAAUGUGUCAAAAGGUCCUCACCCACCGGACAGCUUUGUUUUGCAAUCAAGACGCACGUCUUACCAAAAACAACAGGUGAAUUUAUAACCAGGAAAGUGAAAGAAAAUGACAAUGAACGUCACAGUCACUUCAACAGCGACAGCGACAACCGCUAACUCCACUGUGUGUGUUAACAUUGGGGAGAGCGCCAUCAGUGACUUGCUGAUGUCUGUUUACAUCCUGGCUUUUAUUUUUGGUUUGAUCUUCAAUGUGCUGACCCUGGGCCCCAUUUGCCAACAAGUGCGGAGGCAAAAUGUUCUGGGAAUUUUCCUGCUCAACCUGUCCCUCUCCGACAUGCUUUUCCUCCUUACUAUGCCCCUUUGGAUCAAUUAUUACCGGCAGGACCACCACUGGGAGCUCGGUGUUGUGUCCUGCAGUGUGGCUGGCUUCUUCUACUACUCCAACAUGUACAUCAGCAUCUACCUGCUCUGCUGUAUCUCCGUGGACCGCUGCCUGGUGGUCACCUACCCGCUCCGCUCCAAGACCCACAGAACGUCCCGCUACGCCUGGGCCCAGUGUGCCACGGUGUAUGUGGUUGUGAUAGCGAUGCACAUCAUGGUGCUGGUCAACGACAAUCUCACUGACGCCCAUGACGAGGUAAACAACAACGACCGCUGUUAUGAGACUUACCCAAUGGAGAAGCCUGUUGCCUUGUUCAACCUGGUCAGAGUGGGCAUUGGCUUCCUGCUACCCCUGCUGGUGCUGGCGGUGAGCUACUGGAGGGUGCUGGCCACCGUGGGCCAGAGUCCCGGCCUGAGCGCCCAGGCAAAGAGAAAGGUCCGCCUGCUGUCUUUUGGGGUGAUUGGGAUCUUCUCGAUUUGCUUUGCUCCGUAUCACAUUCUCCUGCUCACACGCUCACUCGUCUUCUACAAUAGUAAUGAUGUACAACCUCAAGGAACUUACUGCCAGUUUGAACAAAACAUGCACUUUUCAUUCUCAUGUACUCUGGCACUGUCCAGUCUGAACUGCGUGGUGGACCCCGUGCUGUAUGUGUUGGUCAGUAAUGGAGUCCAGGAGGAGGUGAAGCUGUGCUGGAGAAGGCAAAGAAGGACACAGACAGGGGACUGUGCUUUAACGAAAUAUGGCAGAGCAAAGUCUAAUACUAACUUAAUAUGAAAUGUAAGCUAUGUGCACCUAUGCAUUUGUAUUCAUACGUGUGUGUGUGUGUGUGCAUGUAAACUCAUGGCCUCAUUUUCAGAGUUAUUGAGUAUGUAGCAGGAAUAUUUAUAUACCGUAAUCAACCCUUCGUGGUCAUACAAUCAGACAUCCUUUGAGAGAACCACAUUGCUGCUUAGUUUUUUUUUCUUCCUCCCUCGUAUCCUGCCCAGUGUAGCGUUGGGGGGGUCAAAUGACACGCAUCUCAGAGCUCUGUAAUUGGAUUGUAUUCCCGGGUUCUGUUCUCCCAAGGGUUCUUCAGUAGCAGCCACUUCUGGUGUGUGGAAACACGGCUGGAGUUGAAGGGCACUUUCUUUCCCAUCUAUACAAGGUGGUUGUGAUUGUGUAACCCUGGUACACUCUAAAGCAGUGUUUUUCAACCUUUUUUGAGCCGCGGCACAUUUUGCUGUGCUCUCACUUCCGUUUUUGUUCUGUGACGGGUGUUUGGUCUCGAGAAGACAUUUCAGCUUUGGGACCAUGGCGCUGUUUGAUAGCUUUUCCCCACACACCAAGCAUAACGGAAUCGGUGCUGUUGGAUUCCUGGUGAAUCCAAACGAAAGAUAACUUUUACUGCACUACCUCGAGCUCACAGAUUCUUUUUCUUUUUUUUUACCACAACUCAUACUGGGCUUUUUAUCUGGGUUAGACGGUUUCCCAGGGCCCAGUUCAGAGUCUGCAUUUUUAACUUAACACCUUUUAACGUCGUUCACAAAGUUACAAAGUAAAUUGUGUGUGUGUGUGUGUGUGUAAGAGAGGGUCUUAUAUUUGCCACAAUGCCUGAAAAGGUAAAAAAAGAGAGAAUAGAGAUAGUUCAUAAUCGAAACAUCAUCAAUUAGGCACUUGACAAAUAACCAGUAUGACCCCACAAGUAGAUGAGGUGUUUACCAUGUUCUCUUUCAUUAAAGCCUUUACUGCUGACUUAUCGAUCUGUAUAUAGAGACAGGAUUUACAGUAUACAGCUGUAUCUUUAAAAAUACACUCAUAUGCUACUAAAAUGUUUUAUCUUAAUACAGUAUGAUUCCAUGUAAAUGUAACUGUAUUUAGUUUGGACUUUUUUUUCAUGCCUUUUACUCUCAUUAUGUUAAUUAUUUAUGUCAUAUGCACUGAAUGUGUUAUAACUCAGUCAUGCUGUUCAUUCUGUACCUAUGACAUCUAUUGUACUUCUGUCCAUUUGGGGAGAGGAAUCCUCCUCUGUUGCUCUCC